ACCUAAUCAAUAUUGAGAGAGAAGCUCUGCAAAUAUUCAUUUUCCCCAUUUCCAUUCGAACCAAGCUCAAGAAGGAAGAAAAGGAAGUCCAAGGAGGAUUAAAGAAAGGAAAAGCUAGGGAAAGUGUGAAGAAUCAAGGUAAUAACCUUGUAACAACUUUUCCUUAACUUCUUAUAAACCAUAUGACCAAUAUAUCACAUGAAGGACCCCUAGUAUUGUUCUACACUUUUAGAUGUGUAGAAAGAGGGGUUGGAAGGUGGUUCUAAGCCCAAGAACGGACUUAGAAGCCAAAGUGACCGGUUCGCCGGAAAAUAACCUUUUGGAGGUUAUUUGUAUUACUAUGGGUUUUAUGAUGAUAAAACCUUGUUAGUAACUUGUCUAAGGUAUUCGAGGAACUUUCACGGAGUUAAAAAGGUCGCCGGAGUUGUCGCCGGAGUUCGUUGAAGUUCGCCGGAGUUUCGUCGGAGCUAAAUCGGGGAGGCUAGAACUUCAUAAGCUUCAUUAAGGUUGAGGCUAGAGUCCUACUACCUGCACCUUUGCCUAGGGUGACUGAUCGAGAAGGAAGACGUGGUUCGUGCUUCCAUUCUUAUUUCAAAUGUAUAAACCGCUCAUGUAUUUUUGAACAAUAUUUUCAUUAAAACAGUGGGGGCCUGCGUGCCCGUGUUUGCCUCGUGUGGCUAAGUAUCAAACAUUUUAUUAUUCCGCAUUUGUUUGAUUAUGAUAUUGAUGUUGAUUGUAUGUGUUUACUAAUCGGUUUGGCAAUAGAAUCAAUCGGACGCCUUGUACAACUCAAUAGGGAUGAACUGUCGUUGUUCUUAUCGGGUUGUACGGCGGUUGUCUACGUGGCUCGGAUGCGGUCCGGGGCGUGACACGUUGCCCCAAGCCUAACGAAAAAUACGAACCUGCAGUUUCUCCGUCUAGAUCCAGACCAACCCGGCGACCAGCAGCGGAGUUCAGAUCGGCGCUACGACAAUUGACUCCUGAGCUCCGUCGCGGGAGGUAUCUUCGAGGUUGUUACCUCACUCGCCGGAAAUAGCGACCAGUCUAUGAUUCUCGUCCGGCAACUCCGGCGGAAGGCUCCUCCUUCAUUUUCCAAGAGCUUAUCCGACGGAACCAGCAGCCGAAGGCCUUUCCUCCAUCGCCGGAAACUGGUAUCUGCUGGUGUGGCUCCACUAAGUGCGGUCGAACUUGAAACUCAUGAGCGUCUUCACAGAAAACCCCCAGGUGUGGUGUUCUUCACUAGCUGCUACCCCCCUUCCACGUGGUGUUCUUCGCUACUUGGGUCUUGGUCACGGGCAAGAUCCAUUUGCCGAACAGGAAAGCUGGCAGGAGCUUCGCCAGGAGUCUGACCCUUAGACAGGAGGCUGGUCAGGCAUCGACAACUUAUCUUGAGCCUAUGUCAAAAUUAUUGGUGGGCCUCCUCCACAAGGAGCCAAAUAUUCAAUUUCUCCAAGCUUAUCUUGAGCCUAUGUCAAAAUUAUUGGUGGGCCUCCUUCAUGAGGAGCCAAGUAUUCAAUUUCUCCAACAGCUCUCACGGUCCUUAUUUCCUGCCCAAAUAGAAGCUAAGUAUUCCAAAACUAGCUCCGUGCAAUUCAUAUUAUUUAUACUUAUCUAAAUAAUUUGUUUUUUCGGGUGAAUGUCAAACUAUCACAUAAUUAUGAUAAAAUGACUUGUAGACUGUGGCUUGAGACCCAUCAAUAGGAUUUAAAGCCCUGACCCAGAGCAGGCACAAAGCCCUGACCAAGUCAGGCACAAAGCCCCGACCAAGUCGGGCAUGAAGACCGGUCUUAGUCAUUCCAAGAAUGGCGACCGUUGCGUACGAAUGGCUCAUGCAUCCACUCUACUAAGUAUUUUAUCAUUACAUCGACAAUUCACAUUUCCACUUUUUUCAAGUGACGAACUCCCGAUCGGAAACAUAAACCCCAAGGAAAAAUUUUUUAUGCAUUUUAAAUGUGUAGGUACGAAAAUGACUUUACUCAUUUUUAACCUCGUCUCCACUCGCCUCAAGGAGUGGGGGACUGGGUUUUUGAGAGGUCAGAUUUUCUGGAUGAGCAGCAGAUAUCGCACAUGAGCAGGAACGAGAGCUAAGUCAGAUGAAGACAUGUUGAGCUACACAAAAGUGAUUAUGCUGGAGGGGGCCCACCUUCCUUGUUUCAUGUUGGGGGCGUUAGGUGUACUCUUUUUCCCUUUAUUAAGAUUUUUUCCCACUGGGUUUUUUCCUAGUAAAGGUUUUUAACGAGGCACCUCCCCAUCAUGGACAAGGGUGGUGGUCCCCGGCCGGAGAGGAAGGAAUCAGAGACAGAAGAACGUUGCAGAUACAGUUUGGACUACUCCCUUUCGCCUCGAGUACUCUCGACUCAGGGAGUGGGGGACUCCUGAUGGAAUAUAUGGACUCCGACCCCCCGGUCUGCCGACUACGGGGCCUGGACAGCGGCCCACGCACGUUUAGCGGAUUCAUAUUAUUGUACAUUAUUAUUAUUAAGAUGUUCUAGAUUAGCUUUUUAUACUAUCAGUCCAUUUAUGUAACCGGGUCUGUCAGGCCCAUAUUACAGGCCCAGACCCGGAUUUUCCCUAUAUAUACUCCUUAUAGGAGGCUUGUAAACCAUAACGAAUAUUCAUACACAAUACUUCUUCUUCUCC